AUGCAUCACCCCCUCACCCUAACCACCCUAAUAACCAUAACCAUAACAAUCCUAACCCCCCUAACAACCUGCGUUCCCCUCUCCCCAUCCUCCAGCACCACCUCCCCAUCCACCUCAUCAUCAACCCCCUCAGCCCUCGACACACCAGAAGGUCUCUCCGCCGCGAUCGCCAAAAUCAUCGUCAACGAAACCCUAACGGACUCCAACAACUCCACGUGCCCGCCCUCUCAACGGUCAAAACAAUGCUGCGAAUCUAUCAAUGAUAUCGCGUCGCAGAUUACCCAGCCCUUGGGGAUGUUGAUUCCUUGGAUUGGGGGGAUUGAUGUUAAUUCGGUGUUGGGGUUGGAUUGUACUGGAAUGCAAGACGAUACGCCGAAUGAUCAGUGUAAACAUCAGGUUAUGUGUUGUGAUGGGCAGCCGAAUUCUGAAGGAUCAUCACAGCCUGUUUCGUCGGCUUGUAAGCCGUAUGACGAUGCGAUCAAGGAUAAGAAUGAUGCUAUUAAUGAUAGUAAGCAGAGGGAGAGUAUGUUGGUGGCGCAGGCUUCUGCUUCUGCUUCUGCGAGUGCGAGUGCCUCGGCGAGUGCGUCUGCGUCUGCGUCUGCUGGUGCUAGCUAG